GUCAGCAAAGAAGCCAGCACUAAUCUAACUAGUAGUUGAUAGCGUAACUUUUCCCCGGGAUCAUUGCGGGAUGACAGCAGCCAGUGAUACUGCGGGCUAGAGACGCCAUGCAUUCGUUGGUAUUUACCCAACGUCGCUGCAGGCUUCCGAUACGUUCCCUCGCUGCACGAUUCCAUCCACCGCUAUUGUGUACCUCAUUCCUUUUCGAUAUUAUUUGUUCUAGUUCUCCUGGAGAUUGGUCUUGUCUAGUGGGUUCCGCAAGGGUUGGGGUGGUUGAGCCAGUUGAUGGUUGUCCAAUGACCGCAGCCCCAUAUAAAUUACCACCGAUCACACUCCGGACUUGCACGUUCAGCUAUUGAACCUUCUUCUUUACAACACCCAUGUUCUGGAAACUGGGUUCCUUAUUGGCGCUGUACCUUUUUUCUUUAUGGGCUUCAUUAUCAUCACCCAGAA